AUGCCAAAGAAACCUACAAAAAGAGGUUUCAAAGUUUGGACAUGGUGUGGGGUUUCAGCUUUUGUUUACGAAAUGAUACUGCAUCAUGGUUCACCGAAAAGUAUAUCUAAUGAAUUAGCUUUACCUGAUCGAUCAUUAAAACGAUUAGUUGUAUUAGAUUUAGUCAAAGAUGUUCCUGUUGUAUUUGCCAUAUUUAUCGAUAACUAUUUUGCAUCAACUAAAUUAAUAAAAAAAUUAACUCAACUUGGUUACAGAAUCACCUGCACGUUACGAUCGAAUCGAACAGAAAAAUGUCUAAUAUCAACGGAACAAGAAUUUUCUAAAAAGCAGAGAGGUUAUUACGAAUAUUUUAUAUCAAAGGACAAAACAUGCAUUGUAGUCGGAUGGAAAGAUUCAAAAAGAGUAUUAUUAGAUUCGAAUCAUGCAGGUAUAGAACCAAAAACAAAAUUAAAACGUUGGGAUAAAGAGAAAAGGUGUCGAGUUGAUAUUGUAGCACCUCAAAUUAUCAAUAAUUACAACAAAUUCAUGGGAGGCGUCAACAACAUGGACAUGCUGAUAGCCUUUCACCCUAUUCCAUUCAAAUCUAAACGUUGGUAUUCCAGAAUUAUAUGGAGAAUUCUAGAUGUAAUGAUUAUUAAUUCUUGGAUUAUUAGGAAUUCUCGUCUUUGUGGUCACAAUAGCUACAGUUCUGCAAGUCAUGGAAAAUUUAGAUUAUUUCAUUUCAAGUCUGAAAUAGCAAAAUUUUUAUUAACAAAACCAAAUCUUCAGAUAUUUUCAACAACUACUGUUAGUUCAUCAAUAGAUGUUUAUCAAAGUGAUGAAGAAAAUGAACCACCAACAAAAACAUUACGUGAAGCCAGGUCCAGUGUAACAGAUGUUACACAGUAUGAUAAUUCUAAUCAUUGGCCUUUAUUUAUUUCUGCUCCAAAUAAUACUCGAUGUAAAAACGACAACUGUUCUGGAAAAAUAUAUUGGCAAUGCUCCAAAUGUAAUGUGCACUUAUGCCUUAAUUCAAGUAAAAAUUGUUUCAAUGAAUACCACACUCAUAAAUAAGUUUCUACUAUAGACAUACAAUUUCACAUUAGGACUGCGUAUCUUAAUUUUUUGUUAAAAAAUUAUUAAAAAGAUUACUUUCUAUUAAUUUAUUAUGUUUACAACAAAAUAAAUAAAGUUAUUCACUUGAAACCGCUUUUGAUGUAUACAUUCAGAAUAAUGAUAAAUUUGGACCGGUAAAACCGAAUGUCCCUUCCAAGGGACAUUUUAUAUCUCCAUAAGGAAAAAAAAAGUUUUUUCUUUUGCUAUCAAGAUUUCUUAUUGGGGUACUAGAGUUUCUAUUUUAGCGAUUAUUUUGUUAAAUUUGCAACGAUAAAGCCUUCGGGCUUUUAAGGGUUAAGAUUAAUUUCGAUUAUAAUUGAUUAAAUCUCAAUUUUUGUCUAUUUUUAUUUCUUUAAUCAAAUUGCUACUGAUUUUUAUUCUAUUUCUUUAAAAUAGAUGCUGUAAAGAAAAGCUACACACAAGACUAGUUGAGCAUUCUUUUCUCUAAUGAAGUCUUGAACUGUCAAUGUGGGCUCUUCCGUGGAGAAUAUCCAUUACUCCAAAGCUAUAUACAGAUACUUAUCAAAAUGAAAAGAUCGGUUCUGUCUAGUACAAUUUUAUUUAUGCUCGUUUUUUGAUAAAAAAAACACUGACUAAUAAUUUUAUUGAAUUCAGAUCAUCGAAUGGAUAUCAGAAACACAAGAGUUUCGCAUAAAAUAAUAAAUCAUUCAGUAGAUGGGAAGAUUUGAAAACAAGAUGAUUGCUUCACACGUUUUGUGCAUUCAUAUAGCCCUCCAAGUUUUUCACAGGAACUGAAAGCCCAGGUGAAUCAAUCCGAUACCGAAUCUCAUCAGAUUCUAUAGAAUCCUACCAUCCGACGAAAUCCUGUUGGAUUCCUGGUUGAGGAAUCAACGUCGGAUCCGAAUGUCGUAUUUCCAAUGAUAUCCGAUUUAGCGGCGGCGCCAGGAAUUUUGAUCUGGGGGGGCUGAGCCCCUCACUUAUAUUUUCUAGGGGGCUGAAAAAAUUUCUGGGGGAGGCUCAGCUGCUUUUUUAUCAAAAUUCUGAAAAAUUCUGAGGGGGCUCAAACAGAAUCUGAGGGGGCUCAGCCCACCCUAGCCCCCCCGUGGCGCCGCCACUAAUCCGAUUGUCGGAACCAAUGAAAUCCGAAGCAUUCCGGUUUCGAUUGACGGUUGAUGUCGGCUUUUAUAAGUUUCCGAUACUCGGAUCCGACAUCGGAUUCCGGAACCAGGAAUCCGACAGUUUCUUUGCGCCUUCCGAAGAGCUUCUGUCGGACUCCGAUGGGAACCGAUCGGAGCUCCUCGGAUCCUAUACUGGGAUUGAUUCUCCUGGAAACUCACAGUUAGAUGGAAUUGCUGAUUAUCGUAUCACUCAGUAACCCAAAUGCCGAAACGUUUAACACUGAUUGCCGGUGGAAACGCUACUGUUUUCCAUGAAAGAAGAUGACGGUAUCUGUACAUCACUAUUGAUCCAUCAGUAUUAUGAACGAUUUCAUUAAUACUUUUUGUCUAUAAGUAUUCUCGGUGAUUAUUAUUUAAUGAUGAGGUUUUGCGAUAAUGAUAACUACUCGUUCCUAGUUACACACUUCACCAUUCUCUUCUAAAACGAGGGAAAAGAUUUCCAUGAAGUAUGACUUAAGGUAUAAUUAUGAAUAGAACUCAGGAUUAUUCAUAUGAUGGCAAAGAACACUACAACAUUAAAUUCAAUAUGAAUUAUGUUGACAUAGGCAAAACAAAGUACUUCAUCUACAUAUGAAAGUGUGGAGGUGUCGUCUUUCUCAAGAGUUUGAGAAAUCAAUUUCAUGUGCAACUGUAUUGUCUUGCUAUUUAUCAACAAUUUACUUCAAACUUUAAUAGAUCUAAAGAGAUAAUAUGUGAAUAAUUAGUUUGCUGGCACUAGGCACAUGAAAUAGUUUACUCAUAAUCUGAUUAACUGAGACAAGUUCACCAAGCAGUUUGUUUAAUAAAAUGAAUAUUAUCGCUGAGGCGAUGCUACAGAUUAUGCCAAUUGAUAUCAGCCCAUGUCGUCUCUUUUUUAUCAACUGUGCCGCAGUUACGCGCAGAGCCAAUUUUGCGUCGCAGUUACGCGUAACUAUGGCGCAUUGAUCGUAGUGGAGAUUCUAUAAGAAACUACGCGUA